AUGUCUAAGGAAUAUAUCGAAAGGGCACAAGAGUUGGUCAAUAACCAUCCCUAUUUAAUGUUAUCUAAGUCAUGGUGUCCUGAUUGUCAUUAUACCUACGAAAUUUGGAACCAAUACAAUGUUAAAGAAAAAAUUUACAUCAUCGAGUUAGAUAAGUUUGAAGAUCAAAACGAAGCAGAAGAAUUAGAGAAAGCUUUUACAGAAAUCGCUGGUAGAAAAUGGGUUCCAACGAUCUUUUUCCAUGGAAAAAUUCUAGGCACUGAAGAAGAUUUGAAAAGGUGGACAAAGGAAGGUAAAUUGUCCGAGAUCUUUAAAGAUUCUCAUCUUAUUAAUUAA